AUGAGCAGCGAGAGACACAUUUCCAUUGGGCGGCAGAACUGUCAGGAUAUUUGGUUACGCAAGCUUCUGGAUGGCAAUUUGAAACAGUUUUUGGCCUUAACGACACUCGUUGUUCAUAACUAUGACGAGGCAAUCGCUUUCUUUGUCGGUGUUCUGGGUUUCGAUUUGAUAGAGGACACGUAUCUGCCAGUGGAGGAUAAACGCUGGGUAGUCGUGGCGCCCAAAGGUUCUGUUGAGAGCCGACUUCUCCUUGCUCGUGCAGAUCACGGGUCACAGGUAGCGUGUGUUGGGAGCCAGGCUGGCGGCCGGGUUUUUCUGUUCCUGCAUACCGAUGAUUUCUGGCGUGAUUACACGUCCUACAAAGCAUCCGGUGUGAACUUUGUCGAACCACCAAGGCAGGAGCCCUAUGGUACGGUGGCGGUAUUCGAGGAUGUGUGCGGCGGUGUGCUGGCAAUCACAGUUGUUCUGCCGUUCGUGUUGACAUACGCCCAAGGCAGUAAUCUUGCUGGGGGUGCGCCUCGAAGCGAUGACGGUCGGUUUGAAAAUCUCGCUGGCGAGAUCGGCCACGGUACGUUGUCUGUCAGAGUGCCUUUUAUCCUGCGGCGCUUUGGGACUUACUUCCGCAGUGGAGAAGAUGCCCCGGAACGCAUCGCCAACGACGGAGAUUUCCUGCGCGAAAACGCGCGACACAGUGUGCCGACGGUGACAUGGGUCGGUCAUGCCACUCUGCUUGUGCAAAUCGGGCACCUUACUUUUCUGACCGAUCCGACAUGGUCGAAUCGGCCGAGUCCAGUGCCACUGAUCGGUCCCAAGCGUUAUGUUGAGCCGGGGUUAUUGAUGGAAGAUCUGCCGCCGAUCGACUUCGUGAUUAUUUCUCACAACCAUUAUGAUCAUCUGGACCUGCCGACGUUACGUGCAUUGGCAAACCGCAGUCCGGAGACUGUAUUUUAUGUGCCGCUUGGCAAUGGUGGGCUGCUACGCGAGCAGCAGAUUGAAAAUGUGCAGGAACUUGAUUGGGGGCAGACGGUGGUCCACGAGGGUGUCACUGUUCAUUGCCUGCCCUCUCAGCACUGGAGUAAAAGAAGUCUCGCAGAUGAUCAUAAAGCCUUGUGGUCUUCCUGGGCGGUCACGUCUGUGGACCGGCGUUUUUACUUCGCGGGCGAUACAGGCUAUUUCUCAGAAUUCGAAGCCAUUGGAAAACGGCUGGGGCCUUUUGAUCUGGUGGCUGUGCCUAUUGGCGCUUAUGAACCCCGGGCCAUGAUGCGCGAAUCACAUAUGAACCCUGAAGAGGCCGUGCAAGCUGCCAUCGACCUGAAUGCCGAGCGUGCUGUGGCGAUACAUUUUGGUACCUUCGAUCUCUCUGACGAGCCGCUGGCAGAGCCGCCCCAACGCUUUAUUGUGAUCGAGUCGUUGCGGGAGAUUGGUUUUGAAGACAUCACCGCAAAACUGGCGUUCUACGAUCUGAUGUUCAAUCAAUGUCAACCACGUCAGGCGGUGGAGCGCUACGUCGGAGCCCAAUAUAUUCAGCACAAUCCGGAAGUCGCGGAUGGUAAAGUGGCCUUCAUUGAAUACUUUGAGCGUAUGGCCCGCGAGUUUCCCGGUAAGCGCGUCACGUUCAAGCGUGUGGUGGCGGAAGAGGAGUUUGUUGUCCUGCAUUGUCAUCAGGAGUGGCCAGGUAAUCUGGACUAUGCAGGUAUCGAUAUUUUCCGUUUUGAUGACAACGGCAAAAUUGUCGAGCACUGGGAUGUUCUGCAGGUGCGGCAUCUGUCGGUUGCGGUGCCUGAGAUUGUUGCCUUGGGUCGGCCUGCAUAUGGCUAUUCCGAGUCGUGGUCGAUUGUUGGGUGGCUUGACGGUGAGUUGCCGCCGGCCUGUGGGCUAAAAAAAGUUGCAACCGCGCAAAGUCGUGGGCUGGCUGCAGAUCUGGCUGAUGUCAUUCUUGCCCUCCGCGGUAUUGAAGUUCCCGAGGCGGCCGCUACUGACCCCGGCUUACGCUGGUAUAGAGGGCGGUCGCUGGCCGAGUACGAUCGUCAUAUGCGGCGCACAAUUCAGGAUUGCCGAUCCAUUGAGGGUUUGGAUCUUGAUCUCGACGCCGUGUUGGAUGUCUGGCAGCGUUCAAUAUUGUUGCCAGGCGCAGAUGAUGUGGGACCUGACCGCUGGUAUCACAGCGACCUGGUUGCAGAGAAUCUAUUGCUGAAAGACGACAGACUCUCAGCGGUGCUGGAUUUUGGCGGGCUGGCUGUGGGUGACCCAACCAUCGAUCUACACGGUGCAUGGGAGCUGUUUGAUCACCAGAGUCGCGAGGUGUUUCGAACCCGGCUAGGUGUAGAGGAUGCUCCGUGGUUGCGCGGUCGUGCCUGGGCCCUGGCUAUUGCGCUAGGCACAUUCAGCUACUACUGGACAAAAAUGCCGGGACGCAUGCACGACAGGCUGAUAAUGGCACGAGCUGUGUUGGCAGAUGUUGAGGAUCGGGGCGAAUGA